GAUGGAGUUGCUAAUUCCAUUGGUUCACAAGAGGAGAAUAACGAGGAUGCCGAUUGUGAUGCUGACAACCGAGUGGCUGCAAAACGGCAGAAGAAGCGUGGAAUCUUUCCCAAAGUUGCCACCAACAUAAUGCGUGCAUGGCUUUUCCAACACCUCUCCCAUCCAUAUCCAUCGGAGGAACAAAAGAAACAACUUGCUCAGGACACUGGACUAACAAUUCUUCAGGUUAAUAACUGGUUCAUUAAUGCACGGAGGCGUAUCGUCCAACCAAUGAUUGACCAGUCCAACAGAGCAGCGCCGCACAUGUACCCCACCGACUCGCCGAGCUCCUGUUUGGGCUACAUGGAGGGAUCUCAGUACGCGGCUUACAGUCGAGCGGCUGCAGCCGCUGCUGCUGGUCUAGCCUCCCACUCAAGUCCCAGUGAAAUGUAUAUAGCAGCAGCGGCAGCCGCUGCAGCUGCCGUGGGCGGAGCCUCUGCAAAUUCCGUAGCUCCUGUAACCGGUCGUAAUCGCCGAACGGGUGCCGAUGUCGGUGGCGGAGGCAGCGGUGGUGGUGGCGGGUUUAUUGAUUCUUCCGUUAAUCCGGGUGACUUCUUCACACCAGGCUACUAUCCUACACCCGCUGCCUAUGGUCCAUCAUCGUAUUCUUCCACAACUUCAAGCACUUAUCGUCCGCAAUAUCAUACCGUAGGAGGUAACUUGGCGGCUUCUUACUAUCCUGCAAUGUACAACCAACUGGAAGAAGCUCUUCCAUACACUCCUCCAGUCGGUUUUGCACCGGCAGAUGAGGCAAAGAAAGCGAAUGCUGGAUCGUCUGCUAACACAUCUACCAACACAUCCACUGAAUAG